AUGUCUCGCUCCCCCCUCGCCAGCAUCAUCGGGCGAGUGACAAACGCAGUCAGCCAGCACGGUAGUUCGAAACCAGGGUCGGCAUUGCUUGGCGCGCGCGUGAACGCUUCGAGGCCUCAAGCCCGAUGCCCGAUCUCCGCAUCUCGGACGUACGCAUCCACCUCGAGCGUAGGCUCAAAGCCGCAGCUCAACGUCCCCACAUCAGCAGGUGGACCUCAGGCCCCGCUGGAGUACUGCUCGUCCCUCGUCCAAAGACUCGAUCCGGAGGCUUGGCUGUGUAGCUACUUUUGGCCAAAGAGAGAACGGGCCUGGUUUCUCGCUUGGAGAGCGUUCAACCUCGAGCUGCAUCUCGUCUCUACCACAGUCACUCAGCCUGCACUCGCUUCGAUCCGGUUCCAAUUCUGGCGGGAUGCGUUAAAAGCUAUCUUUACGAAGGAUACUGCGGGCGGGGCGGCGGCGGUCCCGCAACAUCCAGUAGCGGUGCUUCUGGCUGAGACGAGGCGGGAGCGGCCCAUCCAGAAGUAUUAUCUGAGCCAAAUGAUCGAUACCAGGGCCAAGAACCUCUCUUUACCGCCAUCAUCACCAACUCUCGAAUCUCAUCUGACCACACACGGCCCAUUACACACAUCGCUCCUUCUCGGUCCCCUACCCCUCCUUCUCCCGCCCACUCACGCAUCCACCUCCGGUAUCUCCCAUACCCUCUCCCACCUAUCCACCUUGCUAUGCAUCACUUCCCUCCUCCGCUCACUCCCCAUCCUCGUCUCGAAGCGGUCCCUGAACAUCCCGGCGGACGUGCGCGAACGACACGGCGUCGUCGAGGAGGAUGUGCUCCGGAAUGGGGCGGCAGCGAAGGGGGUCAGAGAUGCAUGCUAUGAGAUCGGGACAAGGGGGAUGGAUGAGUUGAUCACUGCACGGAGGGAGACGAAGGGGGCUGGAGGCAGGGUGGAGCCGAAGGCUGUACGGCCGUUGUUCUUGUCCGCAAUACCUGCUGAGCGAUACUUGAAGCGGUUAGAGGGUGUGGACUUUGACGUGUUCCACCCAGAUCUACAGAAGCAAGAUUGGAAACUAGCACCCACUAUCUGGUGGCGGAGUCAGACGGGCAAAUUGUAG